GGACAACGACAUUUUAAAGGCAUGUCUAAUUCCUCGAGACGCCAGUUUAUUGCAUGCGGAUGAAAUUCAACCAGGAGCGGGAGAGGGCAUAGUGCUGCGCUUGGUUGCCUGUACUGUGCUUUCCAAUGCUGGAAUGAUGGCGACAGUUGCUGUGGGUUGUUUGUGUUUGGGUUGUGCUUGUGUUGGUUAGACUAGACUAGACAGACAGAAAUGCACUCCCAAUGGUCCAAGGUGCUCUUGAUCCUGUUGUGGUGUUUGAUGGCGUUCUUGUUCUUGGUGCUUGCUGGCGUUGUUUGUCUUUUGUGCUCCUGUGUUGUGUUUGUGCUUGCAAAUGGUGUUAAUAACUGUUCAGUGGGCUUGCUUUGUUGCAUGCCAGCUUGCGUGUUCUUGCUUUUUUGUGCUUGCUCAGUGCUCUCAGAUGCAUCCACCAUCUGCCUCCACUUUUGCCUGACAAGGUUGCUGCUCUCUCCACUUCUUCUCAGCCAAGUCCGUUCGUAUUCAUUUGCAUUCAUCGGCCAACCACGACUCGCGCAUUUUUCUCCAGUGGGCUAGUGUAAACAAUAUGCCAAUGCACUCAGGUAGAAGGGUACCAGCAUGGUGGUACCUUGUGAAAAAUAAAAAAUUACUUGAUUCUGCUAAGAAGGAAGGGGGAAGCACAUGCUCCAACUCUAACUGAUUCUGGUGCCUCAUUCAGUUCAGCAAAUGAAAUAGAAACAGGCCGCAGAAACAACACCAACAACAAACAACACGACCGUUGGCACCAUCACCACCGUCCCUAGCUGGUGCCCUCCCUCUAUCCAAUUGAACAACUCCACCUAUAUAAAAGCGUGCAGACUGACCCUCCCUUCGUUUCCUUUUUUUUUUUCCUUUUUCCUUUUCCCUUCUUCUUGCUCACUCGACUAGAUCCUCUC